AGGAAACGAGUGGGAGAGUGGGUGUCAUUGAAUGGAGUGAUGCACUGGUAGUCAACAUAUGCCUGGCAUUUGUUUUGACGUUUCACUGGACUGUCAGCCCAUUGCUCGCAACAAUUCAUCACUAAUUGAAAGGCAUUUCUUUCGACAUUCAUCUCAGAAAGUGUUGAUCUGUGGAGCACUCUAUAGACACAUAUGAUGUGACUAUUUGUAUGAAUAAUUGAAUUGAAUAUUAAAUGCCAACAAAUUGGUGUCAAUGCGAGUGAAUGGAGUGUUUGCUGUGUAUUCGUCGGUGUUUUGGUCUCUCGGGUCACACCUCUUACUCUCUGGUGAAGGACCAACUCAUCCCCAAAGUCGUCUUGGACACCACCACUAUGGGUAAUGAUGUGGUGAUCGUCAAGAAAGGGCACCGAAUCUGCGGCACCGGUGGGGCCAUCACUACCGCUCCCAUCGUCCAGAAUAAGGCCUACUUCGAGGUUAAAGUACAACAAACAGGCAUUUGGGGCAUAGGGUUGGCCACCAGUAACGCGAACCUGAGUACCGUUCCGCUCGGAAUCGAUAGCCAGAGUUGGGUCUUAAGACAAGACGGGAAUAUAGUUAACGAAAAUCAAAUCAUUCAUUCAUUAACUGAAGAGAUCCAAGAGAGUGAUGUGAUUGGCAUUACC